CAAAAUACAUAUAUAUUUUUAUUUAUUUAUUUAUUUAUAUUUAUAUUUUCUAGAACCCUCCCUUCUUUCUUCUUGAUCCAUAAUCGAAUUAGGGUGGAAGAUCUGCAAUUGGAUCGAGGAAUGCUAUUAUUAUUAUUAUUAUUAUUAUUAUUAUAUCUGAAGCAACCAUGUAUUGAGGGUUUUGUUGGUGGGCACAGACUGAUUUGAUUGGAUUGGAUUGGAUUGGAUCUUCCUGAAGAAAGAAAAUGACUACAACAGAAACAUCCUCCUCCUCCUCCUCCUGUCCACCUCCCUAUUUGCAAAAAUUCAGGCUUUACCAAACUCGAUCGAAAUAUUAUAUGGUAGGAAGAGACAAGAGUCGCAGAUACUGGAGGGUCUUGAAGAUAGACAAGUCAGAGGGCUUUGAGCUUAACAUUCGUGAGGAUUUAACACCCUAUACAGAAUGUGAAUGCGAUGAUCUAUUGGCAAGGAUCAAUGAGGGUAACAAGUCCACAGGGGGGCUCAAGUUUCUUACCACUUGCUAUGGCAUUGUUGGUUUCGUUAAAUUUCUUGGACCAUACUACAUGUUGCUUAUUACCCAGAGGAGGCUCAUAGGUUCAAUUGGUGGCCAUGCAGUAUAUGCCAUUUCUAAGACUGAGAUGAUACCUCUAUCAGAUUUUGUAACUCACUCUGAUUCCACUACUUUUACACAUGAAAAUAGAUUCAAGAAGCUACUGUCCAUGGUGGAUCUUACAAAGGACUUCUUCUUCAGUUAUUCAUACCAUGUUAUGUGCAGCCUUCAGAAGAAUACUUGCUGCAACAGUGAGGAGGAUGCACAUGUACUCUAUGAGACCAUGUUUGUUUGGAAUGAGUUCUUAACCCGUGGGGUCCGCAAUUUCCUUCAAAAUACUAUGUGGACAGUCGCACUCGUAUAUGGUUUUUUCAAACAGGAUAAGCUUUCAAUCUCUGGGCGGGACUUUAGAUUGACUCUCAUCUCAAGACGCUCACGCCAUUAUGCCGGGACCAGAUACCUAAAACGGGGUGUAAAUGAGAAGGGCAGAGUUGCUAAUGAUGUAGAAACAGAGCAAAUUUUGUUUGAAGAUGUUCCUGAAGGAUUCCCUAUGCAAAUUACUUCAGUUGUCCAAAACCGUGGAUCCAUACCACUUUUCUGGGCACAGGAAACUUCACGCCUCAAUAUUAAGCCUGAUAUUACAUUGUCAAGGAAGGACCAAAACUAUGAAGCUACCAGACUUCAUUUUCAGAAUCUUGUCAAGAGAUACGGAAACCCUAUCAUUAUAUUAAAUUUGAUAAAGACGAAUGAAAAAAGACCUCGAGAGUCCAUUCUUCGUACAGAGUUUGCUAAUGCAAUUAAAUGUAUAAAUAAAGAUUUGUCAGAGGAAAACCGUCUCAAAUUUCUUCACUGGGAUCUGCACAAGCAUACUCGAAGCAAAGGCACAAAUGCGUUGCUAUUUUUAAGCAGAUUGACUGCAUAUGCAUUAACGCUGACCGGUUUCUUCUACUGUCAGGUUGUGCCAUCUGAGAGAUGGCCUCGUUUUGAGAGUAAUGCUGCAAGCUUUGGACAUGUGAACAAGAAUGGCGGUGAUGAAUAUGGCAAUGAUAUACAGGAAGACUUAAUUGGUGAUAAAUGUGUGGGGGAUAAAGGAACGUCAGCAAUGUUUCAGAAAGGAGUUUUGAGGACAAAUUGCAUAGAUUGCUUGGAUCGUACAAAUGUUGCACAAUAUGCAUAUGGUUUGGCAGCUUUAGGACAUCAGCUGCAUGCCUUAGGAGCCAUUGGUUCCUCCAAGAUUGACCUUGAUGAUCCUUUGGCCCAAGAAUUAAUGGGAUUUUAUGAGAGGAUGGGCGACACGCUUGCUCACCAAUAUGGUGGUUCUGCUGCACAUAACAAGGUGUUUUCUGAGAGAAGGGGUCAAUGGAAGGCUGCAACACAAUCACAGGAAUUUUUUAGAACUCUUCAACGCUACUACAACAAUGCUUACAUGGAUGCAGAGAAACAAAAUGCAAUCAAUGUAUUUUUGGGGCAUAUUCAGCCAGAGAAGGGUAAACCUGAAGUUUGGGAGCUGGAUUCAGACCAGCAUUCGAGUGUAUAUAGGAGGAAUGGGCACUCAGGGAUGGACGAGGAUAGGAGGUCACUACAUAAGAAAUCUUUAUCCGAUGGCAACAUCAUUCGUGGUGGCAAGUCACCUGCUACUACAUCAUCAUCAUCGUCAUCAUCUAGCUCUAAUCUUGGAAAGAACUUUGCAUGUUCUUCUAUGCUAGAUCGAUCAUCACUUGAAAGCAAAAUGAGUUCCGAGUCUACACCAGACAUAUCAGCAGCCUGUGAAACGUCCUCAAGAUCUGUAGCUUGGAGGGAGGGUUAUGACGAGGAGGAUGAUAAUGAGAAAAGUGAUUCCUUUGAUUACUCCAAUUUUGUUGAUCUCGAUUGGCUUUCUUCUUCAUGUGAGGAAGACUCCCUUGGGAGAUCAUCCUUCAAAUACUCCUCAGAGAAGGCUACCAACGAAAUUGUAGAAGAGACGACUCCAUCCACCAGCGAAUCCAGUAUCAAGGGGAGUGGGAGCGGCAGCAAACUUACUACUGCAACGGAUGAUGACCUAGAAUUUGAUGUUCAUGAGGAAUAUUCAGAUAGUUUUCUGCGCUGGAUAAACAAUGGAGAGGCUCUAUGCCACUAAUGCGUCCGCGUUGAUGAAAUGAGCUGUUUUUGUCAUUUCUGGUGACGGCCAGCCUUAUUCUGACUCCUUGUCCAGUUCAAAUAGUUAAUAGUUAAAUUUUGUGUUCAAUUAGUCAAAGCUGUGAUUGGUUAUGUAUACAUACAUACAUACACACAUAUAUGUUAGCUGUAGGAGCCCCAAUGUUUAUCUAGGCAGGUGAUUCUUUAUAAUCAUAUAUGUUUUAACAACGAAGUUCUUGUUAUGCUGCAAUAAGUUACAUGUAAGCCAGGCAUCUGUUUGGUAUUAUCAUUCAA